GUUGGGCCCAUUUAGUUAGCCCAUGUGAUGUUUGUGCAUGGUAGGUAUAUAUCUCAUCUCUCGGUCACGCUAGAUUGUUCUAUUUCCUGAAAUUGAACUACGAAUUGUCGAAGGAAUCAGCCAAAUUUUGGGUUCCAAGUAAUUGAUAAGGCUUUACCGAUCGUUCCUUUUUCUUGCUCUCUACUCCUCCGUUGCCUCUCAGUGAAUACUGAACUUAAAGAGACAGAAUGCAAGGACGCGGAGGUGGCAGGGAUCCUUUCUUUGACUUUGGUGACCCUUUUGGUGGUUUUGGAGGAUUUGGUUCCUUUGGACCUCCCAGGAGUUUAAUUUCAAGUUUUUUUGGGGGAAGAGAUCCAUUUGAUGACCCUUUUUUCACCCGUCCUUUUGGAGGGAUGUUUGAGUCUAGUCCCUUUGGUGGCCCUGCGGGAUUUCCUUUCCCCCCAAAUAUGCAUCCAUCAGGGUUUCUAGAGCAUCAAGCUCCAGAGCCUAGUAGGCACAGGGGACCAAUCAUUCAGGAAUUGGACUCUGAUGAUGAAAAAGAGGAUGCAACAGAGGAGAAGAAAGGAAAUCCAAGAAAGCAUAGUAGGUCAAGCAACGAACCCUUUGUUGAACAUCCAGAUGAGGAACUUGAAGGGAAGAAGAUCAAACAUUUGCAGGCUAGAAAUGAGUACAACAGAUUCAAUGCAGCUGGACCUCAGCCUCAAUCUCACAGCUUCUGCUUCAGCUCAACAGUCAGCUAUGGGGGUUCAAAUGGAACGUAUUAUACUUCCUCAAGGACAAGGAGGACUGGGAGUGACGGAGUGGCCUUUGAAGAGAGCAAGGAGGCUGAUAGUUCCUCAAGGGAGGCUUCUCACACAAUUUCUAGAGGGAUUCGUGGCAAGGGACAUUCUCUCUCUCGAAAACUUAAUUCAGAUGGUAAGGUAGAUACUAUGCAGACUUUGCACAAUAUAGAUGAAGAUGAACUUACUGGCUUUGAAGAAGAAUGGAAAGGAAAGGGUGGUCAAAAGUAUAUGCCUGGAUGGAGUGGGAGUAUUGAAGCUGAGCGUAAUAAUGGACAAGCUGAGCUGGCCAGGCAAGGAGGUUGGGCGCUUCCUUCUACAGAGUAUACUCAUCCUGUGGGAACAACUUCUGAAGGUAGAGAUAAAGUUGGUUCUUCUCGUGCACAGGAGAGAGCAAGGAUAGAUUCAAGUGGUAAGAGUGCAUAUCAUCCAGGAGGGCGAAGCCGAAAUUAAGGCAACAUCGAUUCUGCAUCAUGGUUUUUCACGUUAUUACCUGUUAGUGUGGUUCUUGUUUCCUUUCCCUCGGGAGUAUGAUGAUUCUGGCCGUUUUAAUGUCUUGGAAGGAUGUAUCCAUUGAAAUCAUAAUGACGAUGUUAGGGUCUGAGGCCUGCAUUAUGACCUGACUGUAUGACGAAAUUUACAGUACAUGUUUACUGCCAAUCAUGUUGCUUGUGGUUAUUUAGUUGUCUUCUGAGGCGCACGAGAUGUUUGUUUGUAUUGCCCUACGCAAUAUUUAUGCCAUACAGAUUGGUAACCUACCAAGAACAAGAACAAAAACGUGCGAAGAUGCCUCUUUGGAUUUAGUUACUUUAACGGGAAGGUAUGUGUAAAAUAACAAAGUGAAAUUUGAGAUCUCAUUAAUUAGUUAUAUCUACAAAAUAUUUUAAUUUAAAUUAACAGUAGAUAAAAGUUUUACUUUUUG